AAUGAACAAUUAAGUUCAAGGGAAUGUAAACUAAGCUCAAUAAGGGAACCUAGCUUAGUAAUAAGGAGGUUUAGGAUUUUUUAGAAUAAUUUUAACAAUUAUUGGAAUAAAUUACAUGGUUUCUUUUUUCCAAUCAAAUUCUAAUGUAGAUACUUAUUUUAACAUAUUAAACUAAAAUAAUCUAUUCAAUUUAACAAUAUCAAAUAAUGUUACUGAUUGGAGUCUAAGAGAAUUAGAUUUAUCUUAUAAUAAAGACACAAUAAUUUUUAAGAACAUUACUUUAACAGGAGAGGAAGUAUAAAUAUAGAUUAUCGAAGCUACUUUAAAAUCCUUUUUUUAACAUUGAAUUAGGAAAUAGCAACUUUAAUAUAAGUUCUAGUUUUUCAUUAACAAAGCUUAUGAAAGUUUAAUAGAAUGAGAAAAAGAAUUUAUUAUUUGAUAAACAUGAUGAGUAUAUGAUAAAUAAACCUGAAGAAAAUUCAACAAAUUAAAAAUAUGAAUGGCAUGUUAAAAAUAAAUAAUACAUAUUAUUUGUUUAUGAUACAAGUUCUUACCCAAAAAAUUAAAUUCCACCAUAAAUUAAAUGUAUAAUUAUUUAUAAUUUAGAUCAAUUUAAAAGAACAGACGAAGGUUUUAUAUAUACUCCAAAUCUAGAUGUAGAUAACUAUUUUUUAAGAAAGAAAGAUCACAUUAUAAUAUAAAAAAAUGAAACUUAUGAAAUUCCAAUAGAAUUUAAUUGUUAUUAUUCUUGGAAAUAUUAUAUGAUUGAUUCCUUGAAAAAUGCAGGCAAAUUUUAUGAGAAUUUGGGAAUGGAUAUGUAUGAUGAAAUAGCUGAAGAUAAUACUAAAGAGAUGCUCUUUGAAACUAAUUUUUAUUUGGUUGCACUUACUAUGAUAGUUAGUUUAUUGCAUACUAUAUUUUCUACAUUAGCAAUAAAGAAUGACUUUUAAUAUUGGAAGAAUUUGAAUUCAUAAGAAGGUAUUUCUAUUAGAGCAUUAUAUACAAAUUUUGUAUUUGAUGUCAUUAUUACUUUGUAUUUAUUAGAUAAUGAAACAUCAUAUCUGAUUAUAGUUUAAUAAUUUAUUGAAUUAGGAUUGAUGGUAUGGAAAAUCACAAAAACUACAAAAUUUAAAUUAAUAAAUGUGUUUCCUUAUGUACGAUUUUUGCAUUAAAAAUCAUAUGAAUCUAAAACUUAAUAAUAUGAUUAAAAAGCAGCUAAAUUCUUAUAUAAAUUAUCAAUCCCAUUAUUUGGUGGUUAUCUUAUUUAUGCUUUGAUUUACUAAGAACACAAAGGAAUUUAUUCUUUUAUAAUAGAAAGUUUGGUUGAAUUUAUCUAUUUAUUUGGUUUUAUAAAUAUGACUCCUUAACUUUUUAUAAAUUACAAAUUAAAAUCAGUAGCUCAUUUACCAUGGAGAACAAUGAUAUACAAAUUUUUGAACACUAUAAUUGAUGAUUUAUUUGCAUUUAUAAUAACUAUGCCAUGGUUAAAAAGAUUAAGUUGUUUUAGAGAUGAUAUAAUAUUUCUUAUAUAUAUAUAUCAAAGAAGAAUCUAUAAAGUAGAUCCAAAUAGAUUAGUAAUUUUUAAUAAUUAAUUUUUAGGAUGCAGGUUAUGCUUAGGAUAUAGAUACAAAAUAAGAAUUAACAGAUGGUAAAGAAAAGAAAGAUUGA